UCACUUCACAUGACCGGAUUUGUCGAUCAGCCUCAGAUUAGGGUUUGCAGGGAGAGAUUAAGAGCAACAGUUUGGUUUGUUUUACCUUCAGAUGGUCACUGACACAUCACCCACUCUCCCCUAAAUCUGCCCGGAAAUCCGAAUGUGGUACCGGACAAAUGACAGGCACUCCCCAGUCUGGACCCCAGCACCUUAUACACCCCCCAAACUGUUUUUAAUUCAUCUUGGUCCAUCACCAUUUCUACUUAAAUAUUGGGCACAACCAGGAUGAACUCUCUGAAUCAGGCUCACUUUGUCUAAUUAUUCAGAACGUAAUGGAAACACCUCAGGCGCCGAUUCAACCCUGAACGAUUCUGCUCGCUGUAGAAAGCGGAUGAGAUUUUGAACUGAUGGGGGGUGGGGGUGAAAUCGGGUCGCAUCAGUAAGCUGAACCAGCUCGGUGUUUAUUUUUAGCCGCCGCUGGUCAAAGGGAGAAUAGAAUUAAAAAGCGGUUUAUGCAAAUCCAUCGAAGAUCCUCUCCUCUGGAACGGGAUUAAAUUUUCAGAACAAGGUGCAGGAAGCAAAUUCUAAUUCAACGCUUUUUUUAAAAUGCACAGAACAGCACACGUUCAACGUCUUCAAGAGGUCUCGGCGGCGCAGAAGCCAACAGUGUUCGAGAACAUAGCUCCAUCCUGCGGCUUUGAGUUAAAGAUAGGAUUCAGAUACUGAUAAGACUUACGAAAGGAAACGCACCAGGUCCAUUGGGCGGUCGGUGAACUCUCAGGAUAUUGUUUGAAAAACAUCAUAACAGUCGGGCAGGGUUUGAGGUGGUGUGUGUGUGUGUGUGUAUUGGAUGGGGCGUGUCUAAGGGGAUGGAGAGAGGCGAGCCACCUUGGGUUUGGACGGACGUCGAUUCCAAGCACGCUUCCACUUGAUGCCUGUUGUUCUCUUUUAAAGUUGCCCUUGCAAACCCUCGCGUUUCCUUAUGCCAAUCAGCAACAGGCUUUCUCACUUCUACUUGGCGCCACCUUUUUUUUCCUGAUCGUCGUAGUCGUUUUGACUUGCCUGUGGUACCUCGGAAGCGAGCGGGACUGUACUGGGAGAGCUAUGCAGAAGCAGCUCUGGCUUCUUACCUAGUGAGCUGCUUUCGGGUGUGAGACUUGUCUCCGAAGCUCCCGUCUCCAGCCCGCAGCUGCCGUCGAAGCUUAAGCACCCGGUGGAAGGCCAGCUCAGGGUCGGUUUUUGGAUGGCAAUGACAUGGAGGAAAUACCGUUUCGCAAAGUCAGGACAAGAAGGAGGAACUGUCCGUGCGCCCCGGGCUCGCCCCUCGACACCAUUAGCUGCGAGGACGAGUUUGACUGUAAGGAACUGGAGUCCCUUUUCCAGAAUUACAACCUGAAACUGGAGCAGACGGCUACCCUCAAAGCCCUAGCCAUCCUCAUCAUCAUGACGGCCACUCUGGCCAUCGUGGAGUUACUGUCCGGCCCGCGGCUUACCAUCUCCAAGGGCUCCCACCCGGUGCACUGUAUCAUCUUCGUGUCGCUGUUUAUUGUCACCAAUGUCAAGUACCUCCAAGUCACCCAGCUCCAGCAGAUCGUCAAACUCAGCCUGCUGUUUAGCUUCACCUUCUCCUUCCUGUGCUGCCCGUUUUCGCUCGGAGCCUACGGUUGGGAGACGCCGACCUCCCCGGAGAGCGGCAUGUGGCAGCUGAUGCUGGUCACUUUUGUCGCCUACUCGCUGCUGCCGGUGCGGACCUUGCUGGCCAUCCUGUUCGGUCUGACCGUGGCUGUGUGUCACAUCAUAGUGACUGCCACCUCAGUGUCAUCCAGCAAACAGCGGCUCUGGCGCACGCUUGUGGCCAACGCAGUACUGUUUGCCAGUGUGAAUGUUUCCGGGGUGUUUGUUAGAAUCCUCACGGAGAGAGCCCAGAGAAAAGCCUUUCUGCAGGCGAGGAACUGCAUCGAAGAGCGACUUCGUCUGGAAGAUGAAAACGAGAAACAGGAAAGACUUUUAAUGAGCUUGUUGCCCAGAAAUGUGGCAAUGGAAAUGAAAGAGGAUUUUCUGAAGCCUCCAGAAAGGAUAUUUCACAAAAUAUACAUCCAAAGGCAUGACAACGUCAGCAUCUUGUUUGCAGAUAUUGUGGGCUUCACCAGUUUGGCUUCACAGUGCACUGCACAAGAACUCGUCAAGCUUUUAAAUGAACUCUUUGGCAAGUUUGAUGAGCUCGCCACAGAGAACCACUGUCGAAGGAUUAAAAUACUUGGGGAUUGCUAUUAUUGUGUAUCAGGUCUUACUCAGCCAAAAACCGACCAUGCUCAUUGCUGUGUUGAAAUGGGAUUAGAUAUGAUUGACACAAUCACAUCCAGGGAGCAUUCGUUUAAGCAGUUUGUGUGUCCUAAGAAGAGUCCUCAGAAGCAGCGAUUCUCUGCAUCCACUUCCAGUUGUCUCAUGGAACAACGGUCUGUAGCUGAAGCCACUGAAGUUGAUCUCAACAUGCGUGUGGGUCUGCAUACAGGGAGAGUGCUGUGUGGGGUCCUGGGUCUCCGCAAGUGGCAGUAUGAUGUAUGGUCCAAUGAUGUUACUCUAGCAAAUGUAAUGGAAGCUGGUGGUCUCCCUGGAAAGGUUCAUAUCACAAAGACCACCUUGGAGUGCCUGAAUGGAGAUUAUGAAGUUGAAGCGGGAUAUGGGUACGAGAGAAACAGUUUCCUUAAAAAGCAUAACAUUGAAACCUUCUUCAUCGUGCCCUCUCAUCGAAGGAAAAUUUUUCCUGGUUUGAUUCUCUCAGACAUAAAACCGGCAAAAAGAAUGAAAUUUAAAACUGUCUGUUAUUUACUUGUUCAACUGAUGCACUGUCGUAAGAUGUUCAAAGCUGAAAUACCCUUUUCCAAUGUGAUGACGUGUGAGGAUGAUGACAAGAGAAGAGCAUUGAGGACAGCAUCUGAAAAAGUCAGAAACCGAUCAUCUUUUUCUGCAAAUGUUAUGCACAACACUCCAGGAACGCGAGUGAAUCGAUACAUCAGCCGGUUAAUUGAAGCUCGACAAACAGAGUCUGAAAUGGCAGAUUUACAUUUUGUUACCUUAAAGUACAAACAAACUGAAAGGGAGCAGAAAUAUCAUCAACUUCAUGAUGAAUAUUUUACCAGUGCAGUCAUCCUUUCAUUAAUACUUGCCGCCUUAUUUGGCCUUCUGUAUCUUCUCAUAAUACCACAGAGCACGGUGGUCCUCGUCCUCUUGGUAUUCUGCAUUUGUUUCCUGGUUGCAUGUAUUAUGUAUCUCCAUGUCACUCGAGUGCAGUGUUUUCCAGGGUGCCUGACAAUACAAAUUAGAACUAUUAUCUGCGUCUUCAUAGUUGUCUUAACCUAUUCGGUGGCCCAAGGAUGUGUGGUUGGCUGCAUGCCUUGGCUAUGGACUAUCAACUCCAGCAGUUCCAUUGUUAUUGUUGCCCCUGAUGGGCUCAAUAAAACAAUGACGGAAUUGCCUUGUGAUGCAGCCCAUUACGCUUUUCUUGCUUGUGUUGUUGGAACACUAAGUCUUGCAGUAUUCCUACGCAUAUCUUCAUUACCAAAAAUAAUCCUACUCCUUAUCGUCACCAUUUUGUAUAUAGUAGUUUUUGAGAUUAGUGGAUACAGAAGAGCAAUGGGACAUGACUCAUUUUAUAUAAGAGGAUAUGAAUCUAUUUUGGCAAUCCUGCUUUUCUCUUGUGCACUUGCACUUCAUUCCAGACAAUUGGACUUAAAAUUACGUUUAGACUACCUCUGGGCUGCGCAGGCUGAAGAAGAGAGAGAUGAUAUGGAACGAGUAAAACUUGACAACAAACGGAUUCUCUUCAAUUUGCUUCCAGCACAUGUUGCCCAACAUUUUUUGUUGUCCAAUCCACGAAAUAUGGAUCUCUACUACCAGUCAUAUUCACAAGUGGGUGUGAUGUUUGCCUCAAUUCCCAAUUUUAAUGACUUUUAUAUUGAGCUAGAUGGUAAUAACAUGGGAGUUGAAUGCUUGCGCCUCUUGAAUGAAAUUAUAGCUGACUUUGAUGAGUUAAUGGACAAGGAAUGCUAUAAGGAUAUAGAGAAAAUCAAAACAAUUGGCAGCACUUACAUGGGAGCAGUUGGGCUUGUACCCACAACUGGAACAAAGGCAAAGCGAUCAAUUUAUUCCCACCUGAGUACACUGGCAGAUUUUGCAAUAGAAAUGUUUGAUGUUCUAGAUGAAAUCAACUAUCAAUCUUACAAUGACUUUGUCUUAAGAGUUGGUAUAAAUGUUGGACCUGUCGUGGCAGGUGUGAUUGGAGCAAGACGUCCACAGUAUGACAUCUGGGGAAACACCGUAAAUGUUGCCAGCCGAAUGGAUAGUACGGGGGUUCAAGGCAAAAUUCAAGUAACAGAAGAUGUCUAUCGAAUGCUGAAUAAAAGUAAUUACGAGCUAGUUUGUCGAGGCAAAGUCAGUGUAAAAGGAAAAGGAGAAAUGCUGACAUAUUUCCUUGAAGGAAAAGUGAAUGCGAAUCCACAAAUAAGUUCAACAAAUUUAGUAAGAAAAUUAUAUCCAGAUGGAAGAGCGAAACUGGCAGCAAGCUGUCCCUCAGUAUCAUCAGUAGCCAGCUUCACAAUAAAGGCUGGACUUGGAGCGCUCCAGGCAACUACAAUGCAAACAAAUCAAUCUGUACACUAUCUUCCACCCAUACCAGUUGUUGAACAAGCAUAAUGAAUUUUGGCAUGAAAAAAUUAAAGCUUAACUCUGAGCUGUUACUCGGGUGGAAAUCAGUUAAUGAUGACAGGAUGCACUGAUCUUUCCAAUUCAGCGUUUGGAAGUCAGGCACUGAAAAGAGGAACGUUUGGCUGGAGCAAUCCCCAGGAGAAUAGGGGUCAUCAGUGCCAAGAAUCGCUACAAUCAAACCAAAGAUUAAACUUUGGGUAUUGUUACGAGUGCAUUUCUUGGAGUGAAAAUUAAGGGCUAACUAUCUGUUAGAAGAAGCAAAGAACUACAUUUUGGGCAUAGAGAAUUAUCUUUCUAAAUAAAAUGAAUCUUGGAAGUCUGAAUCAAUCAAAACUAGUUUGUAUAUUUUAUAGUUUCUGCAUGUUUUCUAAAUGCACAGAACACAUUUUCCCAUAUCAUAUUGAGUUCUAAAAUUAGUACUCACUUAUACUUCAGUGGCCAAUAGAUGGUUUCAAGCAUUACGAAAAUAUCUGUGUAAUUUUGCCUUACUUGUGUUCUUUUUCAAAUAUAUAUACAUAUAUAUAGCAUUUUAAAGUCUGCCUUUUUCAUAUCACACUCUGUAAGAAUUUAUUGUAUGUAAUUUCUGUAAAUAAUUUUAUUAAUUAUAUAGUAUGGAUUGUGUAUGACAUAUGAGAAAGCACAUGCCAGGUGAAUAUUUAAUUAAUUUUUAUAACAAAGUUUUCCUUAUAUAAGCAUGACAACUGACAUGCUAUAAAAGCUGCAGUAUUCUUUCUUCUGUUGUUCUGCAUAACACAUAUCUAGAUGCAUCAAAUAUCAAAGCUAUAGAACUCCCACUAGUUAUAGGUAACCUUUGCAAGAAAGUUACUGGCAGUUUACAGUGACAGAACACUGGCUGAAUGAUGAAAAGCUAUCCUUACCAUUUUGUCCCCAAGCGCCAAUACUACUACUCUGUAGCAAUAAACCUCAGCUAUGACAAUAUAUCUUGAAUAUUGUGUAGAGAUUAAAGGACGCUCGUGGGUUCAGCCUACACUGCUCUAAUACUUUCACAACAUGGUCAGUAAAGGCAUUAUAUAAUGAAGAUUGCAGCUCAAAAGGUUGGGGGAUAACAUUUUUUCAAACAUUGUGGCCUAUGUAGUAUGUCAGAUGUUUUAUAGACCAUUUAUUUUAUGCUUUAUCACACAAAUAAAAACACUGCAAUGUGUUUUUUUUAAAACAGUAAAUUAGCUUGCUAAUUUUCCAUAUUUAAAUACGGGUCUAUUUUUAUGUGCAUAUUGAAUAUUGUAGAAUAUCUUUCAGUCUCUUUCGAAACUGUAAGAAUUACCUAAAGAAUCAAAUACUUGUUCUACCUUUUAUGUUAAAAGUGGAUAAUAUUCAUGGAAAUGUUUAAUGUGAACGUAAAUUUCUAAUUAUAACUUUUAUACUG